GUUUUACCCUCUAAAGCUCUUCCCAUGAGAGAAGCUCCUCGAAGGAGACGCAGAAAGAGAAUCGCAUUCACUGCUUAUCAGAUUGAUUCGUUUCACUUAAAAUCGAAAGCAGAAGAUGGGAGACGUAAGUCACCUGGAGAAGAUGGGAAGAGAACUCAAGUGCCCUAUUUGCUUGAGUCUAUUUAGUUCUGCAGCUUCACUUUCGUGCAACCAUGUGUUCUGCAAUGGAUGCAUAGUGAAGUCCAUGAAAGUGGAUGCUACUUGUCCAGUUUGUAAAAUCCCAUUCCAUCGUAGAGAGAUUCGAGGUGCUCCUCAUAUGGAUAGCUUGGUGAGCAUUUACAAGAACAUGGAAGAUGCUUCUGGUGUCCACAUGUUUGUUAGCCUGAAUAUACCAUCACCUUCAGAAAAAGAAAAGCAUGUGGGAGAUGCUUCCAUUGAAAAGGCUAAUGAUAAGAAACAUCAGGGUUCUAGUAAGAGCCGAAUAUCCAAGAAGAGAGGGUUUACAAAAAACAAGGAAAAAGAUCUUGAUCCCCCUGGACCUAUUGUUAUGAAACCUUCAUCCCAAACCAAGAAAAGGGUUCAGUUGUUGCAGAAUCAAUCUUCUGAAAACUCAACAGAAUCUGUUGAGUCAGCUGAGAAACUCAAGGAUUCAACUGAAGAAACUGUGAUUCGCUUGAAUGAGCAUACGAGUCUGAAUAAAGAAGAAAAUAUGGCACCCUUCUUUUGGUUGAGAGAUGAAAAUGAUGAGGAGAACUUAAGUCAGCCAGCAGAAAGUGAUCCGUUUCUAGACGUUACACCUGUUGAUGUUCCUUCUUUCAGCGAUUUGAAGGACUCAGAUCAUGACAGCCCGUCGAAAGCAGUUGAGCAAGAAAGGCCCAAUCCAAAAGACAUGUUUGACAGUGAAAUGUUUGAGUGGACUCAAAGGCCCUCUUCUCCAGAGAUUCUACCUAGUCCUGUGAAGGCCAAGGCCCUAGGUAAAGAUGCGACUCAAAUGAAUCUACCUAAAGGAGCAUCAUCCAAUAAAAAACGCAAAGCCGGAACUGCAAGAAACACAGUUGCUAAACGACUCGAUGGGGUUUCCAAGGAGGACUACGUGGAACCGUCGUUAGGAGCAAGUAUUAGUGAGAAACAAGAGACCGGUGGGACUUCUGGCACAUCUACCAGGAAGGAUGAAAAUGUGAAAGCUAAACGAGCUACAAGAAACAAGGGCCAGACUUCACGAGUUCAGGCUGGUGUAAAUACACAUGUGGAAGCAGAGGCAAAGCAGGGGACAAAGAGGAAACGAUCUAGCGUUAAAGUCUCUCCGGAUCCCCCAGUUUCUGAAUCUAAUGAGCUCUCACUUGGAACAGAAGAUGUUGGAAAGGGGGAUCAGGAACUAACCCAUGGUUCAGCUGGUACACAACCCACCGAGAAGUACUCUCUGAGAAAGAGAAGAAAAUCAAGUGCAUCUUCCUUUCCAAAAUAUUCUUCUGCUACACAACCGCGUGGCAAGAAAAUCCUUAGCGAAGAGUUGAAUCAAGUGGAAGAUAGACAAGAUUUAACUAACCAAAAGAAACCGUCUGUGGAUAAUGGCACUCAUACCAUGCAAGUUUCAGAGAAAAGCUCAACGAUGAACAAGCCCUCACUUGGAGAUAAUGCGCUUUUGCGACGAUGUGAUGGACCUCCAAUAAAUAAAUCCACAUGCGCCUUUUGUCAGUCUUCAGAAGACACAGAGGCAUCAGGAGAAAUGGCUCACUACCACAGAGGUGAACCUGUCUCUGCAGAUUUUAGUGGUGGGUCUAAGGUCAUACAUGCUCACAAAAACUGUGCUGAAUGGGCUCCGAAUGUGUACUUCAACAACCUUACGGCAGUCAACCUUGAUGCGGAGCUGACAAGAAGCCGGAGGAUAACUUGCAGUAGCUGUGGACUCAAAGGCGCAGCACUUGGCUGUUACAAUGCGAGUUGCAAGAGUAGCUUUCAUGUGACGUGUGCAAAGCUGAUACCAGAAUGCAGAUGGGACAAUGAAAACUUUGUAAUGCUAUGCCCUUCGGAUGCAUCCUCUAAGUUGCCCUGUGAAGAGACUAGUCCUAAAGAAAGAAAACGCAAGCGUACUCCUCCUAAAAGGCCACAGCACUCUCAGCCUAAUCAAGUAUCUGAGAAACCUGACAUUAGUGAGCUCCAGAGCAAGCCUUUUCACGGAGUAUCCAAGAAACUGGUUCUAUGCUGUUCAGGACUUACAGAUGAAGAGAAGAGUGUGAUUUCGGAAUUUGCUGAAGUGUCUGGAGUUACCAUCUCGAGAAAAUGGGAGCCAAGAGUUACACAUAUCAUUGCUAAUGGAGCCUGCAAAAGAACCCUCAAAUUCAUGAUGGGGGUCUUGGAGGGGAAAUGGAUUCUAAGCAUUGAUUGGAUCAAGGCCUGUAUGAAUAACAGAGAAUAUGUAACCGAGGAGCCAUAUGAGAUUUCGACAGAUGUUCAUGGAACACGACAAGGACCUUAUAUUGGAAGACAAAGAGCUUUGAAGAAGGAACCAAAACUUUUUAAUGGGCUGAAGUUUUACAUAAUGGGAGAUUUCGAGGUUGCUUACAAAGGGUAUCUUCAAGAUAUGAUUGUAGCAGCAGGUGGGACUAUUCUGCGCAGGCGACCCAUUUCUAAUGAUGAUAGUGAAGCUUCGACGAUCAUAGUGUUUAGUGUUGAGCCAAGCAAGAAGAAAACUCUGACACAAAGAAGAUUUGAUGCUGAAGCCCUGGCUAAGUCUUCUAGAGCAAGAGCUGCAAGCAGUUCAUGGGUCUUGGAUUCUAUUGCAGGUUGCCAAAUUCUAGACUUGAUAUAGUAAAAUUGUGAGACCCCAUCUUGGGAUCGUUUACUUCCGUACAAAUUGAGGAAAUCGUUUACUUCCGUACCAAAUUCUAGACUUGAUAUAAUAAAAUUCUAAAACUUUUUA